UUGACAUAGGAAGGAUAUCCCUAGCUAAUUCUGUGGAGGGAAAACAAAGCAGCUGUUACUAGCACUGCGUCUGAAACUCAUGAAAAAAAUUGACGAGUGUGCCGCCCAAGUAUUAAAAUUAAAAAGAAGAUACGCGAUGUUUGUAUACCUGCCUCCAAAUCAUUCUUGAGAUAUCAUGGAGGAAGAACAGGACUUUACUCUGAGCGGUCCAAAUGCUGCCAGGCUUGAUGCUGAUUUGAGGGAUGACAACUUCGGUAAGCUUGCUGCAGACUACUUUGGAUCUCAGACUGGGGAAACAUUGAAUCUAAAUGAAAAACCGUGUAAAAACAGACUUCUGAUCCAAGUGGGACUUCUGAGAGAAGACAACCAACUCUCCUGGGAGGCAGUGGUAGACUGGCUUCAAAAGAUCUUCCCAAUGUAUCAGUCUGCAGAUUUCCGUUGUCUGAUUGAAAGAGGCAUUGCAACAACUUUAAGUUUGAGUGGAGAUGCAAGACGAGCCUUCCUUGAGUCAAAUGUUAACUUUGAAUUCGUUGGCCCAAUAUGUGACAGCAUUGGAGUUGGUAGAGCUGAUCUUUUGGAAAUGACAGAUUUUUCUGAGCAAGCAGAGUCUAUUGAGGUCACAAAUGGUUUGAUACUUGAGUUGAGUAACUUUGUCAUCAGGGAGAAAAUUGACCCCAUUGUCUUGGUGUCUUGGUUACGUCAAUUUGACCCAGAGUUCUGUAGUGAUGGUAACAUCCUGAAAGCUAGCAAAGUCCUUCAGGCAAAGCUAAAAAAAUUCAGACUACAUUACCGCAAUUACCAAACAACCAGACAUAGAAGAAAUGCUCAGAUGGAAACCUUCCUUCAAAGUCCAUUUGAACUUGUUAUAGACCCAACUGACGGAAAGAAAUCAGGCAAAAAAGGAAGAAAGAAAAAACUUGAUAAGCCAGUGGUGAAAGUCUUCAAAGAAGAAAAUGAAACAUUUGCCAUAACACCAAACGCAGAGAGUGUAUGGGAACCUUACUCUCAGGUGAAAGUGAAAGAAGAAUACGAUUCUCCAACUGAAGAAAGUCCUCAUGCAAUGAACCAAAACUCGCUCAGUUUGAUAGAGAAUCCUGAUGCAAGCAAAGGAGAAGCCCUCACACUGCUUGACAUCGCUAUGCUCUCUGUCCAAAAACUGUCAAGUGUGUAUGGUGGAAAAACUGAUGCUUCCAAACAAGUUUCCCUUGAUCUUCUCAAAAACCAGUACACACUAACAUGUAAAGAAAAUGUAGCAAUGAAAUUCUUUGAAGAGAAAGUUGCGUCUCUUAAAGAUCAACAUUCCAUGGCAUCACCCCUGCGUUUUCUACACUACAAUGCCCAUUUUCUUGUUGACAUUCAUGACGCAAUUGAACAGCAGAUGAUGAGCUUCGAAAAUGAGAUCAUGCAGUCUACUGGAGAAAAACUAGGCCGUGACAGGAACCCGAAAUUCCGAAGAUUUGUGAACUUCUCUGAAAGUUCUACGUCACGCUACAUCCACAUGGCCUGUGAUGUCUUGAGUCCUCGUGCUGCAUCAAAGCAAAACUACAGAAAACACUGGAUAGCUUUCUGUGAAGAGAAGAACAAUCCCUCCAAACUAACAGUCAACCGCUCAAACCGAUUUAAUAACUACUUUGAAGCAGCAGCGGGUCUCAUUCACCAUCAUGGUGAGAUUGCCCUUUUCUUUUCCGACCUGCUCUUACUGAACAACGAUGAAUGCCCCAAUGUCAUUCUGGAGAGUGUUACUGAUGAUGCCAAUGAUGAUGUCAUACAGUCACUUGUGUGCGUUCUCGCCAUUGUCUACUGCAAAAUCCUGGGGCCUUACUGGCAACUUCUGAAGAGCGGAGGAGAGUACUCACUUUUUAGCCAGUAUAUACUCUGCCUCUACCAAAAACUGCUUGAGUGGGCUAAGGAUGCCUCAGCCCUCCUUGAGCCAGAUACCAUUGCAAAUGUGUUUCUCCAGUUGCCUCUGCAAGAGAAGACCUUUGAUGGGGUUUUUUCAUACUUCACAACUGGCACGGGACACAUCCAUGUUGACCUAAUAAGGGUCUGUCUGCAGAAGAUGGUGAAAGUAGUCGCGGCUGUCACUGAGGUCAAUCUGAGUGAUUUUUUGCCUGGAGGCGCACAUUGUCACAACCCCCCUCUGGAAAUUUCCACACAGCUGACAACCUGCACAUUUUGCGUCUUGAUGGCCGAAUACCCCUUUGGUCAUGCCUACCCAUACAAAAGGAAGAGGCCAGAUCGACUUACGAACCUUGCAUCAAGUACAUACGAAGAACCAGAGGGCCACUCUAUUCCAUCUGAAAGUGGUUCUCCUGCUGGUGCAACAAAUGCAGAGAGGGAAACAUCCGACGCUGUUCCAAGAGAAGAGUACUCUCCUCCUUCCAAGAAAAAGUCUCUUGACCAAAGCAAGACCCAGAAGAGGCCAGUAGGACGUCCGAGAAAAUAUCCUAGUUCAGUGACAAAGGACCAGCAAGACGAAGCAAACCGAAACACGGUCAUUGCUGCUGUUGCAAGAAACGGAGGACCUUGCACCUGUGAGCAAGAUGUUGACAGACUAUUGGCCCGAUUAGAUGGGACAAGCCAUGCUCAAAAGCGCGAAGCAAUCCGCUGUGAGAUCAGUUACCAAAAACUGGUCCUGGACUCCAGAGACCCAAGCCUGAAUCAUAUUGGGUUUUCACUCGCAGACAUGAUCUCUAAGCUGAAAAGUGUGUUGCCUGGCGAUGUGUGUAGUUUGGAGGAUGUCUCAGUCUCUGUACAAGAGAAUGAGCACAAUGAACAACAGAGCGAGCAUGACACUAUAACCCCUGCUGAUGCUCAAUCUAGUCAGAGUGUUGACUAUGAAAGCAACAAAGGGGUUUUGGGAAAGGGUCAAAGAAGUAUUGACUUGGGUGGAAACAAAAACAUUGUUUCCUACCAGAGCUACAGAGGUAACUUUGAUGAAUUUCACUAGAUAUUGAAGGAAGUUAGCAACAAAACGGACACAUGCGCAACUAUGGGGAAAAGCAGAUGGUUUUCUUAGACUGUUGAUAACAUGUAAACUAUAUUUUGUCUCUUAUGUUUAUUGAAAACAAAGUUUCUCAAUGAGCACUUGUCUCGCAAAUACAUUAGUUAGAGUUGUUGGUUAGCUAGCUAGCAAAUUUUAGCCAUAUUAGCAUAUAUUAGACAUCAGUCAAAACACCUCAAAACAAGGCAUGGUAUGGUAUCAAGAACGAGAUCAAACGAGCUUACAAUUCACCACAUGACAGUUUCUUGUCAUUGUUGCUAGCUAUCUGGCCAUCCAGAACCAUAACACACAGCCUUUUGAAGCGCCCACAUCGUUUUCGUGAUGUCAGCUAACCCGUCUAUAGGAAUGCUAGCUUUGCGCGAAUCUUGUUCGUUGAGGCCAGCUUGAUAUGUCACCAAUAUUUGAGCAGAAGCAAGUAAAGCAACUUCCCUGCGUUUGACAGAGCGUAUUGAUUGCUGAUGACUGUCGUUGCUCUUUGUAAAUGGUACAUGCCCAAUACGUCACCCAUACCAAUUGUAUUGGUUGGUCCUAUAUGCCCUUUGCCAUUUUAGGCAGGGAAGUUAAUUUUAUUUUUUUGUGGGAAAUGUUUGUUCAAGACAUGUUUUGUACCAUCAUAAAAUUGUGUGUUUGAUGUUUAAUUUGAACAGACAUUAUCACGUGUGCUGCAACUCCUGUAAGUGACAUGUUUUCUAUUGCCCCCCCCCCCCCCCCCCCCCCAAUUAUAAAAAAUAAAUAAUCAAUAAUCAAUAUUUCUGUUCUGAUUCCAAUCAAAUGUGAUGUGAAAUAGUUUUUGUAUGAUUUCACCUAGAUUUAUAUUUUGUACCUGGAAAGAGAGGAUGGAAUGUAAACAAUAUAAUAAAGGUUUGUAUACUUUC